AUGAAUGAAAUGGUAUUCGUUCAUGCUUCCUAUUAUAACGUUUUCAACUUUGAAAAUCUAGUUUCUUUCGAUAAACUACUGCCGGCUGAGAAGGAUUUGGAAAAGUUUGUAGAGAAGAUCACUGGGCCCUUCUUUCUUUGUGCUGGCUGGUUUUUAGUUGACAUUAUGUUCACUGAUUCAUUACAAAAAACAAUUGGAUGUCGAUAUAAGUGUGAGGAGAAUGACGCAAUUAAUUGUAAAAAUGAUACCUUAAAGUGUUUUUUUAGUCCAUAUUACCCCGCUGCUGGUUGGCUCAGCAACAUAACCACCGGACUUCCUGGAUCAGCUUGUGACUCUGAUCGUUACAACAACGAUGGUCUCUGUUGA